AUGGGGACGACCGGCGGCGGAGCAGAGGAGGCGGCAUGCAGGUGGCGGCGGUCUGGUGCAGCGGCAAACGGAGGGCAAGCCGGAGGCGGCGAGGGCUUUGGUGGAGGGGAUGGCGAUGGGAGUUCGGAAGGUGGCGGCGAGGCAGAGGCAGCAGUGGGCGGCGUGCGAUCGGAGAAGAAGCGGUGGGGGUGGCGAAGGCGGCCAGGCGGAGCGGCGUGGUGGAAGAAAAACUCGGAUCGGCGGUUGCGAGGGUGGCAAGACGAAGGCGGCGCUGCGGUGGAACGGCGACGGCGGUCGCGGCAAGGACGGGCGGCGCUGUGGACGGCCGCGGUGACGAAGGCAGACGAAGGCGGUGGCAAGGCGGCGAGGCGGGCGGCGACGGCGGACGAAGGCGGUGGCGAGGGUGCUCACGGUGAGGAAGAUGAACAGGAUACCUCACUAUCAUCUGCCAUAAGGCAAAUGUUGGCUCUUUCUUGGGGUUCUUCCUCUGAUGAAGACUCCUCGCUGUCGCUCCAUGUCAUGACAAAUGCCCUCUUCUCCUUCUUUGUGAAUUUCUUUAAUUAA